AUAUGAAGAAAAAAGUUAACAGCAAUUCAUGGGAAAAGAAUCAUAAAGAAGAGGGGCCAGGUGUCUCCUGACUGAUAGCUGGAGUCUUCAAAGCAAAAUGCCUGAACAGAGCAAUGAUUACCGGGUGGCCGUGUUUGGGGCAGGAGGUGUGGGCAAGAGCUCCCUGGUCUUGAGGUUUGUCAAAGGCACAUUCCGGGAGAGCUACAUCCCAACGGUGGAAGACACCUACCGGCAGGUGAUCAGUUGUGACAAGAGCAUCUGUACACUGCAGAUCACUGACACAACUGGGAGCCACCAGUUUCCUGCCAUGCAGCGUCUGUCCAUCUCCAAGGGGCACGCCUUCAUUCUGGUAUAUUCCAUCACCAGCCGGCAGUCCCUGGAAGAGCUGAAACCCAUCUAUGAGCAGAUCUGCGAGAUCAAAGGGGAUGUGGAGAGCAUCCCUAUCAUGCUGGUGGGGAACAAGUGUGACGAGAGCCCCAGCCGAGAGGUGCAGAGCAGCGAGGCCGAGGCCUUGGCCCGUACGUGGAAGUGUGCCUUCAUGGAGACCUCAGCCAAGCUCAACCACAACGUCAAGGAGCUCUUUCAGGAGCUGCUCAACCUGGAGAAGCGCAGGACUGUGAGCCUCCAGAUCGACGGCAAAAAGAGCAAGCAGCAGAAAAGGAAAGAGAAGCUCAAGGGCAAGUGUGUGGUCAUGUGAGAGCCCUUUGCUGCAGGAAGAGCCACAAGCUAUCAUCCGGGCCUCACUCCCCUCCCCGCGUGACACCCCUUUGUCAGGGCAGCAUGUACGAUGCCCUCCUGUUAAACAUUGCAUUUGGCUGAGACACGCCCUGUGUCUUUCAAGAGGCAUUCCACACCACCACCAGUAAGCCACCCUCCUUGGAGUUGCUCACACCUGGCAUCCCAGGGAACUGAGAGGUGCAGUCAUUUCUGAGCAGGUUUUUGCCAUUGGGAAGCUGGGGGGACUCACAGCCGCGUACACAGAACAAGCUGAGGGGAACACAUGUCACCCACAUGUGUGAGAGAGCAAGCUGGUCAGAGCUGAUGGUACCAUCCCCAUACCAGGCCUUGUCUCUGCUCAGUAACAUCUUUGGGGGAGGGAUGGGUGGAGGCAGAGUGAGAAGACCAAUUGGUCCAAACUGGACUACAGUGGUCCCCUUAAAUAUACUGUAAGCCAAAUUAAAGAUGAAAUGCAGCCUCCUCCAAAGGAUGUUAACUUCCCAGUCAUCUUCACCUGAACUUCCCUGAGGAGUGUAUUUAAUACCUGUAGACCUAGCUAGCAAGUCACCAUGAUGGGAACCUCUCAGAAUGUCUAUUUUCUCAUACUCACCAGUGGUAUGUUGCUGUGUCACAAGUUUUUCAGUUUUUCAGUAAAGAGAUGGUGACAUGAUUAAAACAUCAUCCUUCUAUUCCACGGUGUGAUGCUUUAAGGAUUUUAGAAAUGUGAAAUUUCUUUGCUUUAGACCUGGGAGGGCUGUAAUUUCUUCCAGCCCUCAGAUUUUAAAUAAAAGCCAAUAAAAUAGGUAUUUUUAGACUUGCUUUCCUCCUCCCUCCAAGAUGGUUUUCUUCUCUUCAAUAACUUGAUGUAUACCCAGCUGGCAAACAGCCAACAAAGGGCCAUCCAAUGACCAGAAGCACAUCCAAUUUUCUAAGUGACCCAACACAUCUAUAAGCCACACUUUACAUCUUUAUGAAAUCCUUUGAAGCAGAAGUUGUUCACUGUGUCUUUGAUGAUGUAUUGCUCUCGGAAGUGAAUUCCUGGAAAAUGCAUCUUAAAGAAUAGUAAAUUCUCUUGCAGGAUCCAUUACCUAUGUCCUGUAAGAGCAGUUCAAGGCAGUAUUUACCCUAGGAACAACGAUCUCUUUCUCAUGGUUGUGUGUGUGUACCCUUAAUCCUUCAAACCAAAUUACAACCACCACUACUUCCUGCUGGCGUGGGAGGUGAUGGAGAUUGCAGAUAGGCUGGCAGCUCUGUCCUUAGCACCGCCCGCUCAGCUUAACCCAUCUGCCAUCCAAGAGUCUGGCUAGGCUCUGCCUUCUUGAAAAUUCCCACUGACAGAACCUGUGAGUUCUAUUUCAGUUGACAGAACAAACACAUGCCAUACCUGACUCCUGGCCCAUCCUCUUUCCCUCAACAGUCCUUUCCAUUGCCUGCUGGGGAAGCAGAGGAAGCUGUAGUUCCUCCUCAUGGGCCUGCAGGUAGCCGGGGAGGGUUGUGAGUACCGACUUAUCUACUUGUUUCUUUGACCUCUCCUCCCAUGCAGAUAACAGCCAUGUGAACACCACAAUCUUCCAAAACACAGUUGUUUGAGAUCUCAGGAUCUCCUAGCUUUCCUUUCUAAUUCAAUUCCCUUGUGUGCUUAUGUCCUCUCUUCUUUACCUACAACCCACCCUGGUGAUGCCAUUAGUGUAUAGGAAGUGCCUUUGAGAACCAUUUGGCUCCAUGGUAAUUACCAUCUCCUUGGUCUUCUAGAACAAAACAUUCCUGUCUUUACCUAGGGAAAGAGUCACAUUGAGAAAGGAAGGGCAUGGUAUGGGAGCCGCCAGGGAGUGUAGAGUCUUUGGGGAAAUUCCAUGACCCCUUUAAGUCCCUCAUGCAGGGACUUUUGUUCCAAAAGGCCAUUCUUUCACGCUCAGAGAGAGAGA